CAUAACCAAGUAAAAAAAAGAGUUGGAUUUUUCUUUUUUUUUUUUUAAGGUUAGAAAUACAAGUGUUGGGUCCCUUUUUGCCCUUAAAAGCCCCAACUAAUAAAUAAUAGUCUUACUAUAUUGCAAUAAAUUAUGAAAAUUACCCUUAAUAAAAACAACCCGCCCUUAGGAGGCCUACUUGUAACCAACUAUGUAAAGAAUGCCACGAAGACUGCCUUAGAUCUUUCCUGGGGCGAAACAACAACUGUUGAAGAUUUUACUUGUAAAACGAGCAAUGAUGUGGCCAGAUCUGUCUCUAAAAGGCUCUUACCAAACCUCUAUGGGGCCAGUGCCAUUCAGAGCACUGAGGUGGACCAUUGGCUUACUUUUGCGGAAGGACCUUUGAGCUCCAAGUAUAAUUUUUUUAAUGCUUUGCAAGUACUGGAUCGAUCUUUAGGUUCAGUAACCUACUUGGCAAAUAAUCAAUUGACUAUUGCUGAUUUUAUUGUAUUUGCUACUCUGUAUGUAAGCAAACAAUUCAAUGAUCUCUCAGCCAAAAAAGCUAUUCCAGCAAAUGUUGAAAGGUGGUUUGAGUUUAUUAGGUCUCAGGAAGUAGUUGAACAAAGUAUAAAUUCACUUACACCAGAACAAAAAGCCUCACUAUUUCCAGUUGAGAAGAGCAGUAGGGCCUCUUUGGAUAAUACUGAUCAGAAAUCAGCACCAGCAUCGGGCAGAGCUAAGGAAGGAAAGUUUGUUGAAUUGCCUGGGGCUGAGAUGGGAAAAGUUGUUGUUAGGUUUCCACCCGAGGCAUCUGGGUACCUCCAUAUUGGUCAUGCAAAAGCUGCUCUCCUGAACCAAUACUACCAAGAGGCCUUCAAAGGUAAACUGAUCAUGCGCUUCGAUGAUACCAAUCCUGCCAAAGAAAACCCUCACUUUGAAAAAGUAAUUCUGGAAGAUGUAGAAAUGCUACAAAUUAAGCCAGAUAUGUUUACCCAUACCUCUCAAUACUUUGAUCUUAUGUUAGAUUAUUGUGAGAAGUUAAUUAAAGAGGGAAAAGCUUAUGUGGAUGAUACGGGAGCCGAGCAAAUGAAGCUUGAAAGGGAACAGAAAGUCGAAUCGGCCAAUAGGAAUAACUCCGUAGAAAAGAACUUACAAGUAUGGGAAGAAAUGAAGAAAGGUUCAGAUAUAGGCCAAAAGUACUGUGUAAGGGCAAAAAUCGAUAUGCAAUCUGUCAACGGCUGUAUGCGGGAUCCAACAAUAUAUAGGUGUAAAAAUGAAGAGCAUCCUCGAACCGGAAACAAAUACAAGGUAUAUCCAACAUAUGAUUUUGCUUGUCCCAUAGUAGAUGCCAUAGAAGGUGUCACACACACUUUAAGAACUAUGGAAUACCAUGAUAGGGACGCCCAGUUUUAUUGGUUUAUCGACGCACUAGGGUUGAGAAAACCUUAUAUUUGGGAAUACAGCAGGCUAUCCAUGACUAAUACUGUACUAAGUAAAAGGAAACUCACCUGGUUUGUUAAUGAAGGUUUGGUGGACGGAUGGGACGAUCCCAGGAUGCCUACCGUACGCGGUGUUUUAAGAAGAGGUAUGACAGUAGAAGGGCUCAAAGAGUUCAUUAUAGCCCAAGGGUCAAGCAGAUCGGUGGUUUUCAUGGAAUGGGACAAAAUUUGGGCUUUUAAUAAGAAAAUAAUCGACCCAAUUGCUCCUCGUUAUACCGUGGUGGCCCAUGAGGAGCCGGUAGUAGUUCUUGUGGAUGCAGUGAAAGAGGAGUGCUUAACGGUUCCCUGUCACCCAAAAAAUCCGGAUGUUGGGACUAAGGAAACCUGGAUUGGUCCCAAGAUUCUUAUUGAUAGGGCUGAUGCUGAUUGUUUAAAGGAGGGCGAAAAUGCGACCUUCAUAAACUGGGGCAAUUUGUUGAUCAAGAAGAUAAACAAAGAAAGUGGUAAAAUUACUUCAGUGGAAGCAGUUCCUAACUUAGAGAACAAAGACUACAAAAAAACGCUAAAACUAACGUGGUUGGCCGAAACAGAGAAAGCACCCUUUACACCAACGUAUUGCGUAUAUUUCGACCAUCUUAUGAGCAAAGCGCUACUGGGAAAAGACGAAGACUUUAAGCAAUUUGUGGGGCACGAGACGCGAAAAGAAGUGCAAGUGUUGGGCGAUCCUGAGCUGAGAAAACUGAAAAAGGGAGACAUUAUUCAGGUCCAGAGAAAAGGAUUUUUCAAGGUUGAUGUGGCUUAUGAACCUCCAACGCCAUUUACAGGCAGAGCGAAACCGGUGGUACUGUUUUACGUUCCCGAUGGUAGUACUAAAGACCCGGCAUUCGGGGCCUCACAAAAUGCUGCUCCUAAAGAAAAAGCACCAUCCAAAACUGCUUCAAAACCUGCAGCAGCAACAGCAAAACCCACGCCCAUCGAGGUUUCUCAAAAGUCCACCGGCGGUACUGCAGUCGAAAUUUACGAAAAAAUCACAAAACAAGGCGACUCGGUGCGAAACCUGAAAGCUCAAAAGGCGGCAAAGGGAGAAAUCGACGCGGCUGUUAAAACUUUAUUGGAACUAAAGGCCGAUUAUAAAAAGGUAACUGGUCAGGAUUGGAAACCGGGCGUUCUUCCUCCUGCUGAACCAGCGAUGGCCACCAAUGGCCAGGCAGGUGGAGACGAAUUAGGUGCUCGAGUACAAGCCCAAGCCGAUAAGGUUCGAAAGGUGAAGAGUGAAAAAGCAGCAAAAUCGGUAAUCGACGAUGAAGUUAAAACUUUAUUGGCCCUUAAAGCUGAAUUCAAGAAAAUGACUGGUAAAGAUUGGGUGGCAGGUGCCACUAGUUCUUCUGUACCCUCUCAGCCUAAAAAAGCGGUUAAUUCCGGGGAUAUGAGUGGUUUAGUUGAGAAAAUUGCCGCCCAGAGGAAUAAAGUCAGAGAUCUUAAAGCUAAAAAGGUGGAUGAGGCAACAGUUAAUGCCGAAGUAGAGGUCUUAUUUUCGAUAUUGGACGAUUUUGUCCCACCUGAAGCGACGACUCCUGCUGCAUCUGUAAAUAUUUCGACUGUGACACCGCCAGUCAGGAGUUCAGGGAACGCAGAUCAAAAUUCACUGCUCGCCCAAAUAGCCGAACAAGGGGAUAAAGUGCGUCAAUUGAAAACUGCCAAAGCCGAUAAGUCAGCUGUGGACGCGGAAGUGCAAACCCUCCUGAAACUGAAAAGUGAAUUUAAAUCGUUAACCGGGAAGGACUGGAAACCGGAAAUGAAGCCUGCAGAGGUCGCUCCUCCAAUUGCAGCUACGGGCGAUGGCGCCAAAGAAGCCCUAGUCGCCAAAGUAACUGAGCAAGGCAACGUUGUUCGAGACUUAAAAACCCAGAAAGCGAGCAAGGACCAAAUCGAUGCCGCAGUAAAAAUCUUACUGGACCUUAAAGCCGAAUAUAAAAAGGUAACCGGAGAAGAUUUCCCAGCUCCAGCUAAACCAACAAGUAAGCCCAAAGAAGCCAAACCUAAAGAAGAAAAAGUGUCCAAAAAGAAACCGGCACAAAAAGAGAAAAAACCUGCUAAUGCGGAAGAGCCGGGAUCAAAAAAACAAACUCGCCUGGGAUUAGAAGCCAAAAAGGAGGAGUCCUUAUCGGACUGGUACUCGCAAGUGAUUACCAAAGGCGAACUGAUCGAAUACUACGACGUUUCGGGCUGUUACAUCCUCAGGCCGUGGUCGUUCGCCAUCUGGAAAGUGAUACGGAACUGGUUCGAUGCGGAAAUCACGAAACUCGGUGUUAAGGAGUGUUAUUUCCCGAUUUUCGUGUCUAAGGCGAUGUUGGAGAGGGAGAAGGAUCAUAUUGCUGAUUUUUCACCCGAAGUUGCAUGGGUAACUAAAUCCGGUGAUUCCGAUUUGGCGGAACCAAUUGCUGUCCGACCCACGUCCGAAACUGUUAUGUAUCCUGCUUAUGCCAAGUGGAUUCAGUCGUACCGUGAUUUGCCCAUUAGAUUAAACCAGUGGAAUAAUGUUGUGAGAUGGGAAUUUAAGCAUCCUCAACCGUUCAUCAGGACCAGAGAGUUUUUGUGGCAGGAAGGUCAUUCAGCUUUUGCCACCGAUACCGAAGCUUUUGAGGAAGUUACCACGAUAUUAGACUUGUACGCGCAAGUUUACGAAGAUCUUCUCGCCAUUCCGGUGGUUAAAGGUCGUAAAACGGAAAAAGAAAAAUUCGCCGGUGGAAACUAUACGCUAACAGUGGAAGCGUUUAUUUCCUGUAGCGGUAGAGGAAUUCAAGGGGCCACCUCUCACCAUUUAGGUCAGAACUUUUCGAAAAUGUUCGAGCUUGUUUAUGAAGAUCCAAAGACCCAGGAGAAGAAAUAUGUUUAUCAGAACUCGUAUGGUAUUACUACCAGGACUAUAGGUGUAAUGAUCAUGGUCCAUGCGGACAAUCAAGGUCUAGUACUACCGCCCAAAGUAGCUAGCGUUCAAGUAGUGAUAGUGCCAUGCGGCAUAACCGCCAAUUUAUCAGACGAUGGCAAGAAAUUACUGCAAAAAUCGUGCGACAGCUUAGAAAACGAUCUGCGACAAGCCGGCGUUAAAGUAGAAGGGGACUAUCGAGAAAACUAUUCGCCUGGCUGGAAGUUUAAUCAUUGGGAACUCAAGGGUGUGCCUAUUAGGAUAGAACUAGGACCAAAGGAUAUAGAAAAGAAUGAAAUCGUUGCUGUAAGAAGAGACACUGGCGAAAAACUCACUUUACCAAGAGAUUCCGCAUCUGAAAAGAUACAAGAAUUGCUUGAAGACAUCCAGAAGUGCUUAUUUAACAAGGCCCUAGCGGAUCUAAAUUCCCAUAAAGUACUACUAACAGAUUGGUCCCAAUUUAGCAGCAACUUAGAUAAGAGAAACAUUAUUUUGGCGCCCUCUUGUGGUACCAUUCAGUGCGAAGACAACAUUAAAAACGACAGCUCGAGGGACGAAGAGGCAGACUCUGGAGCUCCGUCUAGCGGGGCGAAGGCCUUGUGCAUCCCUCUAGACCAGCCAACUACGAUUAAACCGACUGAUAAGUGUAUACAUCCGGCGUGUAAAAAUGCUCCCAAACAUUACACUUUGUUCGGAAGAAGUUAUUAAGUGUAAAAUUGUUUUUUUUAAACAAGAGUUAAUUUAUUGAUAAUUUGAAAUAAAAGGAUUUGAUCAUUAA